UUACUAAAGACUAAUGCUGUACUCAUAAAAAUCAUUUUGCCAUGUUAGAAGACACGUUUUGGGAAGAAGACAUCUGGGAAUAUAAAUCUAAAAGAAAACCCAAACCAGCACAUCCAAAUAAUUGUUCUGAAAAGAUUUCAGAAUCUGUUGAAAAAGCAGCAGAUGGGAAAUACCAGCCAAAGCGAAAAGGAAACAGAAAAAGAACUACAGGAGAUAACAGUGGGACGAGGGGCCACAAAGUGUGCCCUGGGGAAUCAGACAGUCAGAUUUCUGUGGGUUCCAGUCAGAAUCCGAGUUGCGGAGAUGAGAGACAACAGUCUCAAGGCAAAGAGACCACUCCAAGAAAGCACUGUAGAGCUCACAGAAGCAAGCAGGUGUCCCCGAGGACACGCCCAGUUUACGAGGGACACUGCCCAAGCUGCCAAAUGCCUUUUUCCUCACUGCUAGGUCAGACACCCCGCUGGCAUGUGUUUGAGUGUUUGGAUAGUCCGCCAGUCUCUGACACAGACUGUCCUGAGGGUCUUCUGUGUACCUCCACAAUUCCUUCUCAUUAUAAGAAGUACACCCACCUCCUGCUUGCUCAGAGCAGGGCUAGCAAUGAACCUGUCGGCACUCCAUCACAGGUGUCACCUGGGAGUCUCCCCACAGCAGAGCCAGCCUCUUGUAAGCUUGAGGAGAGCCAGUCUGAGCAUCUGAAAACUGAGAACUUAAGAAAAGUUUUAGACGACUCUCUGUUGAUGGUCCAGUGCCUAAGAGCGCCUCAGCCUCCAGCCGAAGCCAGCAGGAAGCUUCCGUCAUCUGCAUGUCCUCAAAGGUCCCUAGCGCCACAGUGCGCAGAGUCCGUUAAGAAAGACAAGCUGCAGGGAGGUGGUUGGCCUCUUGCUGAGGACACGGUAAAGAGCCAGAGCAACUCACAGGGUAUGAGUUUGCCGUUGCCGGAAAAUGACCUCAGCAGCGGUGAGAUCUCGUAUUCUCCGCUGCAGAGUGACGAAGAGACUUAUGAGGCAGACCAAGAGCUGGAUGACUCACAGCAGGAACUCUUUUUUACCCAGCGCCCUGAAGACAGCAGCCUGGGAGAUGGCUCUGCCGUACCUGAGGACCUUCAUGAUCGCUUCCCAAAGGAGCCAGGGGGAGCCCACCCCUCGGUGAAAAGCUGGGCAGCUACGUUUGGUGGCUUGGGUAAAGGCGGUGCUCUAAAUGAUUCGUUUCAGCUUAUCUCCCACACUGAGAGCAGGCUUUCCCAAGAUGACCCACCCCACACAGGUUCUGGCUUUUUCUUGUUUUCACCUGCAUUGGCAGUGGAACGUGCUGCUUCUAAUUAUCAAAACACUAAGACAAAACCUGAUGAGCCAGAAGAAUUUCACUCACUUGGAUCAAGUCAUCAGAAACAGAAAACUGAACCAUCAGCUGGUGGCAGUCAGAUGGCAAAACCGCUGGAAAAGGAGGGAGGUGAGGGCCUGUCUUUGCGCCCCACCCAAAGCCAGGUGAAAGGAUUACAGGGUAAGGGCUUGGGUGCUAACUCCACCUGCGCCUGCAGAGAGGCAGGAAAGAGUCCAAGCACGCCCCUCACCAGGUCCCUGAGCAUGUCGCCCACCAGUCCUAAAGGCAAUGCAAGCCAGCCUUCUAAGAAAGUGCUGAAGCAAGUGGAUAUCGGUGUGUUUUUUGGACUACCACCCAAAAGACAAGAAGAGACACCACCCAGGAAAGGCACGUUAGAAAGGCCAAAAGUCAGUCCCCUCCUGAGUCCUAGUGCAAAGAGGUCCAGGCCGUGCAAGAGGAAAGCGGACGACUCUCCAGGUGACUUAGAAUUUGAUGGAAGGCAUUCAAAUGAGAGUCAGCACCCUAGGGAGCUGUCUGGAGAGAGGGCUCGGCAGCCAAGGAAGAGACAGAGAAAGUCAAGUUCACAGGCACAAUACCAGAGGUCAGGCCCCCUUAGCAACAGUGCAGAGUUGGGGCCUGCAGGCAUAAGCAGAGGCCAAGCCUCUGUAAGACGGACUCAGAGCAGGCCGUGCAGAGGGAACACGUACACUUCAGAGCCGGCCGGUGCUGGGAAGUGGAGAAGAACAUGUCCGUUCUAUAAGAGAAUCCCUGGGACUGGCUUUACUGUGGAUGCUUUUCAGUAUGGCGAGGUUGAAGGCUGCACUGCCUAUUUCCUCACACAUUUCCAUUCUGAUCACUAUGCCGGGUUGUCGAAGGACUUUGCCAUGCCGGUUUAUUGUACUGAGAUAACGGGCAAUUUGUUGAAGAGGAAGCUGCGUGUGCAGGAACAAUACAUCCAUCAGUUGCCCAUGGACACCGAAUGCAUGGUGGAUGGGGUCAGAGUCAUUUUGCUGGAUGCCAAUCACUGUCCAGGUGCUGCCAUGAUCCUCUUCCACCUCCCUAACGGUGCCGUCAUCCUGCACACUGGAGACUUCCGCGCAGACCCCAGCAUGGAGCGCUCUCUUCUUGCAGGCCGGAAAGUCCACACGCUGUACUUAGACACCACAUACUGCAGCCCGGAAUAUACUUUCCCGUCUCAGCAGGAGGUUGUCCGCUUUGCCAUCAACACUGCCUUUGAGGCUGUAACUCUAAACCCACGUGUUCUUGUUGUGUGUGGCACCUACUCUCUCGGGAAGGAGAAAGUCUUCCUAGCCAUUGCUGAUGUUCUGGGUUCAAAGGUGGGCAUGACCCAAGAAAAAUAUAAAACUUUACAGUGCCUCAAUAUACCAGAAGUCAGUUCCCUCAUAACUACAGACAUGUGCAAUUCUUUGGUUCACCUCCUUCCAAUGUCACAAAUUAAUUUUAAGGGCUUACAGAGCCAUUUGAAGAAGUGUGCUGGGAAAUACGACCAGAUUCUGGCUUUUCGACCCACAGGAUGGACACACUCUAGCAACAUAACAAGUAUUGCAGAUAUUGCUCCCCAGAAGAAAGGAAAUAUAUCAAUUUAUGGGAUUCCAUACAGUGAGCACAGCAGCUAUUUAGAAAUGAAGCGUUUUGUCCAGUGGCUGAAGCCGCAGAGAAUCAUCCCCACUGUGAACGUCGGCAGCGCCACAGCUCGGAGCAUAAUGGAGAAAUACUUUAAGGAGUGGAAGUUGGAAGCUGGGUACUGAUGCUGCCCCAGAGGUCAGCCGAGCUGUGUGCAGCAGGGCUGGUGGUUAAGGCUCAUGGAUGUGGAGUGUGUCCCAUGACUACUGUCUCAGGACUGACUGUGGCUGUCCUUCCUCUCUGAAUAAUGUACCCACGACACUGGAUGCCGC